CACGAGCCAAUGGGCACAAAAGGCGUUGGCGGAUUCGGUUAAACCUCCAUAUGCGAUCUGGACCCCACCUGAUGCGGCGGCAGUCGCUGGGCGGAGGGCCGCAACGCAAGGAGCCUAUCGUCUGCAUGAGGCCCGAUCUCUCGGGAUCUCGCAGAUCCCCCGAUCUCCCAGGAUCUCGCAGAUCCCCCGAUCUCUCUGAAGACACGUGGAAGGAGCCACACCCGUCACCGAUCCAGCAACGAUUCCUGAAUCGUUGCGUGCUGCACAAGCUCUGCGUCAUCUUCUGCCUGUCGUUCGUCUACGCGACCGUCGGGCUGACUGUCAAUUCGACCCGGGAGAAUCCCGGCGAACGACUGCAAGUCGAGGCGGAGCCGAGAGUGCUGUGGAGUCCGAGGGUGCAGGGUGAAGGGUGCACGGUGCAGGGUGAAGGGUGCGAGGUGCAGGGUGAAGGGUGCAAGGUGCAGGGUGAGGGGUGCACGGUGUUGGUGCUGGUGCACAGUGCGCCCGGGAAUGCUGUGCAGCGUCGGGUCGUGCGGGAGACGUGGGGGUCCGUGAGGAGUUUUGUCGACCGGGGACGAGUCGUGUCGGUCCGGGUCGUCUUCGUCGUGGGGAAUCCUGUCGAGGGUGGGGUCGACGGGGUCGAGGAGUCGCUCGAGAGCGAAAGACAGCGAUUUCACGAUAUCGUUCGUGGUGACUUUCAAGAUACUUACCGGAAUCUGUCGGUGAAAUCGAUCUUGGGGUUGAAGUGGGCGACCCAGGUGCAUCCAGAUGCUCUGUUGGUCGUCAAGGCCGACGAUGACGUCAUCGUGGACGUUCCGAGUUUCUGGAAUCACUUGAGACGGAGUUUCUCGGGCGACCUCGUCGACUUAGACGGAACGUUGUUCUGCAGCGUCCAUCUCGGCGCGAAACCUCAGCGUUUCGGAAAGUGGAAAGUGACGGAAUCCGAGUACCCGGGCUCGGAGUACCCCCCGUACUGCGCCGGCCUGGCCUACGCCCUCACGACGAAUUCGGCCAGGAAGCUGCUGGAAAGGAGAACCAGAACGCGCGGAAGCGUUCCGUCGCUCUGGAUCGACGACGUGUACGUGACGGGCGUGUUGGCCGAAGAGGCCGGUUUCCGCCAUUUCCGCCUCAAUCUUCGCUACGCCCUCGGCCUCGGCGAAGGGGCCAGGGCGUGCGAGAGGCCGCCCUGCCCCUUUCUAGUCGUGCACGUGUCGCAGGGGGACAUGGUCGCGGCGAGUGGGGUCGUCAAGGUCGUCUGGCAGAACAUGAUGGCUUCGAGGAUCGAAGAGUCUUCACGAGAGCGAUGA